UUGGAUGCUGUCAGCGUCGUUGUAUCGCGGUCUCACAUUGCUUUGGUUAAACAGAAUCCCCAGUGGCCUGCCCCUCGAUACACAGAGAUGCCCCAGGAUCCCAAGGGACCAGCAUUUUUGUGCUUAGCAAAGCACAAAAUAACCGACGUUACUAGUUUGGUGGGUACCUUUCACGUACAUCUUCCACUUCACGGCCAAUUCAAUAAAUUACUAGCUUGUUCACAGACCCUCUGUUUUCUCUUUAGCGAUCGUCGAGCGCGCGUAUGAAGGGGGNGCUUAGCAAAGCACAAAAUAACCGACGUUACUAGUUUGGUGGGUACCUUUCACGUACAUCUUCCACUUCACGGCCAAUUCAAUAAAUUACUAGCUUGUUCACAGACCCUCUGUUUUCUCUUUAGCGAUCGUUGAGCGCGCGUAUGAAGGGGGGAGGGGGUAUUGACCGCAUGCUCAGCGGUUUUCGAAAAGAAAACGAAAAAAACGGUUGUUUACUAUUCACAAAACGUUUCCGGAAAAUCCGUUUGGAAACUAAAUGGAACAUGACAUUUUGGGUCAUUCCAUCGCCGGGAAGAUUUCCGGGAGUAACGGAACAUCUGAAAAGGUAGUCCUGUUUUUCCGGACGGAAUAUUCCAAACGGAAAUUUGUGUGGCAUGUACUCAAAGCCAUCUUCUAAGAACAGUUUGAGGCCUUCGCGUUCUUUUCUCGUUAAAUGGAACUGAUUUGUACAAAUGGUAAACGCGAUUCCGGGACAAAAUGCACCAUUUCAGAUUUUUGCGUACCAUUAUUUGCCUAAACCGUGGACCGACCGGUUUGACUAUGUAAAUAGGACAAUCUCAUGACUUUUGGAGGGCGUAUAGUUUAUUUGUGGCCCGAGUAGCAUCAUUUGCGCCCGAGUGGAGCGAGGGUGGCAAUUAUGCUACGAAGGUCACAAAUAAACUAUCUUCCCGACAAAAGUCAUGUGAUUAUCAUUCUUAUCAAUACACAAGGCCAAAUCGUACAAAUUUUUUUCAUAAGGUAAAGAUUGUUUAACAUGAAAUCAUGUUGCGGGCUUCAAGUUCCAUUUACAGCCCACAUUUUGCCCUCUGGCCCGCGAAAAGGAGCGUUUGAGAGAAGGCAGUUUGUCAUUUGGCCGCGUGUGGUGAUAAUAAUCAAUGGUAAACAUCCAAACGGCUGUGUACAGGCUAAUAAAUUACCUCCCUGUGUCAUUUUCUCUCCCUCGAGUAAAGUGUCCUUGUUUCUUAUUUUUACAGGAUUUUUACGAAGAUAAUCCAUGUUUUAUGGGCAUCAGUAUAACGGAUGAGGUACGACUUUACCUAAAUUGUUAAGUAAAACUUAAAAACGCAAAUGACGGCUGGUCAUCUGACAAUGUCCCACAAAAAUCGUAUUUUCUUUCCAAGAAAGGAAAAAAUGUUUUUGAUUUAUGCCAUUUCUAGGAUGCGCCGGCGCCUUUUGCAGACAGUCAGUGGAUACUGAAGACAGAGACAGUAAGCACCCUCUCCUCCCUGGUGAAAGUUAUCAAAGUCCCUUGGGAGAAGCAAUUUGGUGUGGAGUUACAGAAAAAUCUUUAUCCUACAAUCACG